UACGAUAAAUGCUCACAGUUAUACAUACAAAUCAACGCUUUCUUCUGGCCCCCCUUGUCCCCCCGAAUUUCCUCCCAUCAUCUGUAUCUUCCUCAAUCCUUGCCGGCAUGGACGCCACCACUGACUCCCACCUCGCGGCCGGCGAUGGCAUCGAAGACCACUCCGGCGCGUCUGCCGCUGCGGCAUCUAACAACGGAUGGCAGAAGGUGACCUACGGCAAACGCCAGCGCCGCCAGAAUCCGGCGGCCACCCCCCUUCCAACGUGUUCGCAUCGGUCGAGCAGAAGGCCCACCCGGGGGCCCCGCCGCGCCAUUGAAUCGGCUGCGGCCGCUGCCGUUCAUGCUUCUGAAUCGAGGUCUGCGGUUGCUGCGGCUGCUUCUGAUGAGGAUGAGGACGAUAGCGGAGCAGAGGGAGCUGGGCAGGAGAACGGGCCGGAGGAGGUGAAGAAGGUCAAGCAAAAGAAGCCUAAGAAACCCAAGGUAACGGUCCAUGAGGCCGCUUCUAAGAUUGAUGAUGCAGAUCUCGCUGCAUACCUUGCAGAGGUGUCGGUUUCCUAUGAGUCGCAGUAUGAUAUCCAGCUGAUGCGUUUCGCUGAUUACUUUGGGCGAGCAUUUUCCAGUGUCAGUGCUUCGCAGUUCCCUUGGACGAAGCUAUUGAAAGAGUCACCUGUUGCUAAAAACAUUGAAAUCCCUAUAUGUCAUAUUUCGGAGUCAGUUUACAAAACAUCAGUUGAUUGGAUUGCUUCAAAAUCACCUGAGGCUCUUGGUGAUUUUGUUUUUUGGUGUCUAGAUUCCAUUAUUGCUGAUCUUGCAGCUCAGCAGGCUGCUGCUAAAGGCUCUAAAAAGGCCACCCAGAAACCUUCUUCAAAGUCUCAGGUCGCAAUAUUUGCUGUACUGGCCAUGACUCUUCGACGAAAGCCCGAGGUGCUCAUUAGUCUUCUACCCAAACUAAGAGAUGAUACACAAUAUCAAGGACAGGAGAAGGUUCCUGUGAUUGUGUGGACGAUUUCUCAGGCUUCUCAAGGGGAUCUGGUGGUUGGGAUGCAUGCGUGGGCGCAUUACCUAUUGCCUCUAAUCAGCGGAAAAAGUGGCAAUCCACAAACGAGGGGUUUGGCUUUACAGUUGAUUGAGAGUAUUUUGGAGAGGCCUAAAGCCCGUCCAAUUCUAAUAAAUGGUGCUGUUAGGAAAGGAGAACGCAUUGUUCCUCCUUUUGCACUUGAUUUAGUGAUGCGGGCUACCUUUCCUAUACCUUCUGCUCGAGUGAAGGCUACAGACAGGUUAGAAGCUCUUUAUCCAACCCUGAAGGAGCUGGCGCUUGCUGGUUCUCCAGGUUCCAAAGCUACAAAACAAGCUUCACAACAGAUAUUGCCAUAUGCUGCUAAGGCACUACAGGAAAAUAAUUCGUCGUUAACGAGAGAGGCUGCUAGUAUUUUUAUUUGGUGUUUGGCUCAAAAUUUAGACUGCUAUAAGCAAUGGGAAAAGCUUCAUUCAGAGAAUGUGGAAGCCAGCGUUUCUGUUCUUAGGAAGCUAUCUGAUGAAUGGAAAGAACACUCAACCAAACUCUCACCUUUUGGUCCUUUGCAGGAGACUCUUAAACACCUCAGGGCUUUG